UAAAGGGCCAGAAAAGAAGGUUUUUAUGAUUUGGGGGUCUGGUGACGUAAUAAGACGUCACUGUUUACCCAUGCUACAUUGCAGUUUUUAACAUGUCGUCCGCCAUGUUUUGAGGCAUCUACAAUCGGUCCCUCAAAUCCACUCCAUCCAGCGUGAAUGAAGUGGUUUGAGCAACAGGACCCCAGCAGCAAUGCUCGCCAACGGCCAAGAAAUGAACCCCGUGUCUAAUGUGAGGCAUGGGGCUACUCGAUCGCAGGACGAUGCAAUGGUCGGAUACUUCUUCCAGCGCCCACAAAGUGACCCGGAUUUCCAAAACUACAACAAGCAAUCCCGCUGGGCAUUAGGCGACGACAGCGUACUCGAAGCCCGUGGCACAGAAGCACCAGAACUGGAGACAGACUUUCAGGCCCUCGCCUUAGAAACUAGUCAUCAACUAGAGAUCCCCGCCUCGACCAAGAAGCUGUGGUCACUUGAGGAGACGGGCCCCAAGCCCGAGGACAGCAAGGGCCUCUUCCUGGGAGACCAGUGGAGAGACCCCACAUGGAGCACAGGCGGCCAUGCCAGCACCUCUGAGCAUGCCGUGUCACAACCAAUCAUGGUUCAGCGACGAAGUGGUUCCUACCCCGGCAGCGAGGGUGCCUCCAUGUUGUCGCCGCGCUCCUCUGAGACCUCGGGCCUGGGUGUCAAGAUGGUUGAAUACGUGCUGGGGAGCUCUCCCACCAUCAAGGAUCUGGACUCUCGCAUGGUUGGCCGCAUGCACGUUGGUCCUCCAACCAACGACCCAGAGAAAGUGAAGAAGGGAAAAGAGGGCAAGCUGAAAGAUGCAGACGGACGAACUGCGGUGAUGCAAGCCAACGGCAUCAUGCACAACGGAAUUGACGACGACAAGGUCUACAACCCUGUAGGGUACAGGGGUGGGGGUGGCAGCCGGCAAGCGUCCCCCAGUGAGGACAAGGGUGACAAGCUGUCCAAGGCUCCUUUAGAGGCCCUGGUCAUGGGGCCCGGGGGUUCAGGGCCGCCACUGGAGGCACACUUUGAUCACCACACGAUGGACUUGGGCUCCUUCGAUUACCCACCGCACGGACUGUUGCCCACCUCCAUGGAGUCUCCAGGAAUGCUAGACUAUGCCUCACAGCUGUACCAGCAACACCAGCAGCAACAGCAGCAGCAGCACCAGACACAACACCAGCAGCAGCAGCAACAGCACCAGCAACAUGCUCAGAGAGGUCAACCUGGAGGUCCCAUGGCGCUGGUACCAGGUGCCCAGUACUCCAUGGGUCAGGGGCAACAGCAAGGGGGUGCACUAGGCGUUCCACCCCCCACGGCACCCACUCCUUCACCCUUCGCACCCCCUUCCACACCAUACCUGCUUAACCAGGACCCUUACGGAGCACCACCCCAUCCUCUGGGCAUUGUCACAGGCCCAGCCAUGAUGCCACAGUACUAUGGAAUGCCUCCGUGGGGCAUGUUCCCAACGCCAGCAGCAGCAGGCCUCUUGCAGGGACAGGGGGGCCAGGGUGCACCACCCCAGCAGGUGCCCCAACAAGUGCAGCAGCAGAUGCAACAGCAAAUGCAACAGCAGGUGCAGCAGCAGAUGCUCAGAGGCAGCGGGGCACGACCCAUGACACCACAGGGAAGCGGCGAGGCACUGUCUCAAGCACCCCCAGGAGGAGGCCAGUAUCAAAUGCUGGCGCCUCCCUACUACGACCAGAACGGAUCGCUAAUGAUGGGUAACACACGGGCAGUCCGCCUCAUGCCGCCGGUGCUGGUAAAUCCGGGUGCACCAGGAACGAGCGCUCCCAGCCAACCUGGGUCCCUGAACGGUGGCAGCCUGCGUCUGCUGGGUUCUGGCAGUGCAGGGGCAACGGCUGGCAGUGGGCCUCCUCAAGGUCCCCAGGGGUCGGGUCUCUUCUCUGCAGCGACUGGGGGUUCUAGCCACCCAUUUGGUGCUGCUGGGUCAGGGGGCUACAAUCCGGGGGCUGGAGCAUCUGCCUUUUCGGGAGGAUUUGCAUCCGGCCUUGGGGUUGGCUACGGGGGUUCUUCAUCCCUUGGACCCAUUGGAACAUCACCCGCUGGCCCUGUGGGCUUAGGUCUAGGUGGGAGCACGGAGUCCCCUAGGCGGGACUCGUUGGAACGACGCGAUGGAACGGCAGCCAUGUUGGGAGGCAGUCGGGGCCCCUUUGCUGCAACCCUUGAGUCGGCCUACUCGGCGGCAGGGGGGCCCCUGGGUGCCAAGGGAAGCCAGUUCUACGGGGCCCUCGGCACAGUGGCGGCCUCUCCAGGCCCAGUGGGCAUGCUGCCCCAGAGCUUGACACCUCCUCCACCCUCCCUCAAUGGAUCCUCUUCCAACCUCAGCUUAGGAACAUUCGGGAGCCGGAUGAUGUCGGCUGCACCUGGGGCUGAGGCCAAGUACUUGGUGCGAAAUGGACCCCUCAGCAGCGUUCUGGGUUCUUCCAAUGCACUGGUGCCCGGCCGCACGCUCCAGAGGAACUCGAGCCUGGAGAAGCCCCCUGGCCGCAGCCGCCUCUUAGAGGACUUCCGAAAUAACCGCUACCCUAACCUUCAACUCAGAGACCUGGCCAACCACAUAGUUGAGUUCUCCCAAGACCAGCAUGGCUCCAGGUUCAUUCAGCAAAAGCUCGAACGAGCAACACUGGCGGAGAAGCAGUUGGUGUUCUCGGAGAUCCUCGGAGCCGCCUACAACCUGAUGACAGACGUGUUUGGAAACUAUGUGAUACAAAAGUUCUUUGAGUUCGGCAGUGCAGAGCAGAAGCAGGCUCUGGCGCUGAAGGUCAAAGGGCAUGUGCUGCCCCUGGCCUUGCAGAUGUACGGCUGCCGUGUCAUUCAGAAGGCCCUUGAGUCCAUCUCACCUGACCAGCAGAAAGAGGUUGUGAAAGAGCUGGACGGCCACGUGCUGAAAUGCGUAAAAGACCAGAAUGGCAACCACGUUGUACAGAAGUGUAUAGAGUGUGUGGAUCCCUCAGCGCUGCAGUUCAUCAUCAACGCCUUUCAAGGACAGGUGUUUUGUCUGUCGACACACCCGUAUGGGUGCCGGGUGAUUCAGCGCAUCCUAGAGCACUGCACGGGUGAGCAGACGGGACCCGUGCUGGAGGAGCUUCACCAGCACACGGAGCAGCUGGUGCAGGAUCAGUACGGCAACUACGUGGUGCAGCACGUGCUGGAGCAUGGACGGCCCGAGGACAAAGGUCGCAUAGUGGCCGCCGUCCGGGGCCGAGUGCUGCCACUCUCCCAGCACAAGUUUGCCAGCAACGUGGUCGAAAAGUGCGUCACGCACGCCUCGCGCUCCGAGCGCGCCCUCCUGAUUGAGGAGGUGUGCGCCUAUGUUGAUGGGCCUCACAGUGCCUUAUACACAAUGAUGAAGGACCAGUAUGCCAACUACGUGGUGCAGAAGAUGAUAGAGGUGGCUGAGCCGCCUCAGCGCAAGCUGCUGCUACACAAGAUCCGUCCGCAUGUGCCCUCGCUGCGCAAGUACACUUAUGGCAAGCACAUCCUGGCCAAGCUGGAGAAGCACCUGCUCAAAAGCGGCGACCAGAUCCUCUCCUCGGGAGGCGGCCAGAGUGGCACCUCCAACGGGGCCCUCUGAGGCGCUCGCUCAUCCCCUCUCUCUUCCUCUGCGUUGCCACCAAACACGGCGACAUCGGGGUGCUGCAUGUGACUGCAAGCCUCGCCCAUCGUGCGCCAUCAGAGCAAUGGGGUGGGCAUGCGUCAGUGCAUGUUUAAUUUGCGCGUCCACUGCGCAGCAGUUGUUCUUUGUGUGGCGCUCUUUCCCAACUCUUCUGUUAGGUGGUGAAGUCCUUUCGUUGAGGUGCAAGUGAUACUGGGAGCUCCCAUGCAGCUCUGGCUUUUGUCGCCUCUUUGUGGGGCUGAAAAAAAAAAAGCACAACAAGCCCUGGGGGUUUCCUGUUGUAGCUGGGUGGGGCUUUUGUGCCCAACCUUUCUACACUUGAGCGCGCUGUGUCUCCGCAAAAGGUACCACCGUAUCUUUAGCUCUCACCCCUCCCCCCCUUUUUCUCCUCACUCAGUUCCUACAUCUGUGCUCUUAUCUAGGCAAAGCUGCGAGCACUUCCAUGUGAAUGCUGCUUCCUGCAUUGUGGCUUCCCACGGGAUCACUUGCUGGGUACAGCUAUUUGUGCAAGUACAGACGUCUCUUUCUACAAGAGUGACAUUUUUCACUGUUAUACCAUCCUGGCUUCCUUGCCAAGGCGAGUUUUCAUGCUGUACAUUCUGUUAGCCUAGUUUUCUUCACGCACUCCCCCCCUCCCCCCUCUUCCUUCAUUCUUUUUUGCUGGGGCUAUAGGGAGAAAAAAAAGUUUGUGCAAUUUUUUCAAUCUCCAGCUUGCCCUUAGUUCACACGAGGGAUCCCCAUUUGCUUGAAAGAAUCCUGUUGUACAACCGAUCGCUUCCUCACUUUUCCGUGUACAGUGUUGAGGUGCUUGUUUUGCCCGCUUUGCCUUAGGAUUCAUUUGGGGGUUUUCUGCGGACGCACGUGGAAUUUCCUUCGGUGACGGGGCUGGAAAGAUUUUGUUCCCUCGAUCGGGCAUUCUCGUGUGACGGAACGUCUUCGCAUCAUGGUCAGGAUCCCACGUGCAGUUCUGCCUGUUUGCCUUCCCUCUGCUUUGUACAGCAUCUUGUCAGCAGUUUGUACAGAGACACUGUUGGCCAUCAUCCGACACUUUCUCAUUUUUCACCAAUUUUCCAUCCUCUCUCUCUCUCUCCCAUAUUAACCACUCAAUUUUGGUUUUCUGUUUCUGAAAGCUUGUUAUGACAAGGCAGUGCUUUUGUUUUAAUGACCAUUCUAGUUUUUUUUUUUAAUUGUUAUUAUUUUCUACUUUCUUUGUGCUUCUGAAGACGGGAAGGAGCAUGUUUCAUGUGCUGGCUUUAUUUUGGGGGUGAGGGAGCAGCAAACUGCUGUGUGUGCGUUUUGUACAGUUUGUUUUUGGAGCUACAAGACAGGCAUCAAGGCAUACCACGCUGCACCUCACCAUCUGUAAGUUUGUAAAUUAUGCCAUUGCGGGAGUGACAGAAGAAUGAACAGAAAGGCGCACAUAACUGCAUGCAAGUUUUGAAGAAUAGCAUGGACUUGCUCUCUUUUUUUUUCUCUCUCUUUUAUUCAUUUUUCAAAGGCGUGCUGUAUAACUGCACAACUCUAUUGGAGCCUUCACAUCAUGUAAGCUAGGUUUUAAAGAAAAAAAAAAUGACACUCAUUCUCUCUUCUGAAAAAGCAACUGUUUUUAGGACACUGUAAAAAGGAAAAAAAAAAAAAGAAACUGUGACGAGGCAUUUUGCUGCCUACAAAUCUUGUCUAUUAUGUACAUUCUGUAAAUUAUGAGAAUAACUAACAAAGAUGGUAUCUUGCCAUUCUGUCUUGUCUGCCUGGAUUUUCUUCUGCUUCUCCACUCUGUUGUUGCUAACCCCUCUACUGUUUUUAUUGCAAUUCUCGGGAGGGUUGUAGAUUGAGCGAUUGUAGGUUUAGUGGUCCUAGCUGUCCCAAUUGCGCGGAAGUGCUAUCAUGUACAAGGGGUCUAAAUACUUUUUUUUGCUUUCUCUUCAUCGAAAAAUUCUCUGUAGCGUUAUGGUAAAUCGGCUUUUCUUUUUUGGCACAUAUGUUUAAAAGUUGUUUUUUCUCACUGUAGUUGCGAUCUCAGAUGUGAGAAGCUUAUUUAUUUCCUCCUGCAUAUGUAUGUAAAGAGUGUCAUAUAGCUGAACAUAUGUAUAAUCUCCCCCCUCCCCUUUCCUUUUUUUUUCUUUUUAGUUUUUUAGAAAUGUGCAUAGCCAAAUGGUACUACUAGGAGCACCAGUUUACCACGCAGUCACUACUCCACUUCAGGUCAGCUAGACUUGUAUAAACUUCAUUUGGUAAACGUCUUGUAUCAAACUGCAUGUUGUUUUGUACACGUUUGACUUUGUUUCUCUCUCUCUCUCGUGAAGGCAGUAGGCCAGAGUAAAUAUUAGUUCUUAGCUUUAGGUUCUUUGCAUAAUCAGCACCGAAUGAAGUCUCUCCCCGUCCAUGCAUGGCUAUAGAACGUGCGUCUUCCUUCUUUUACAAGCAAGUCAUCACUCCCUUUUUACAAGCAGCUUGAAUAAAGGCUACAUCUGGGCGUUAUUUCUAUGUAAAUGCUCUUGCACACUUCAUCACUCGUGACCACGUCUAAAUCUCCUUUUUUACAUUUUAUUUUCGUGCUAAAAGCUUCCGUGGCCCUUGGUGAUAGGCCAGGCUGGCCAUUGUUUUCCUGAAUAAAAUCAUGAGUAGUCUUGAAGCUGGUUGUUUUGUGUGUAAGCACUGCUUUUUUUUUCUUCUUUUUCCAAAGUUGAUAAUUUAGCUGCAGCUUGGUGUGACCUGCUCAUCACUUUUAAAAUAUGCUUCACAUCGCACACAGUUACCAGUUCAUCAUACAAAGUUUACCGCUUGAGUUGCAUAGUCAAUGUAUUGACAGCGUAAACUUCAGGUUAAACAAUGCGCUGUCAAUUUCAGUUUGCCUAUGUAAUAGGAGGCUGCCAGCAUUUUACGUGCAGGUUUCAAAUUUGGAGACAAUUGUUUCGUUGCAAACAGGAUUAGCUGGCUCAGUGACCAGUGUUCAUGUUCAUGAGCCCUAAUAAACAGGAAAUUUAAUUUGCAAAUUUGCAACUUAAUGGCAGGUUCAUUGUAUUAAUCGAGAAUCACUCGAGAGGCAUUGAAUCUGCCACAAUUGACCCCUUCCAAGCUGGCUAAUACAGCGCAAAGUGAAUACUGCAUAGGGAAAGCGAAGAGUUGCUAAAGAAAGUUAGUGCAUAGUACAUAAGAAAAGUUGAAAUUAAAUCGCGGAGAAAAAAGGUUUGGUGCACGAAGCUCAUUGUGCCACCUGUCGUGACACACGUGGAUACACGAAAGAAAUGUGCGACAGUCGUGAAAAAUGCAAUUGAUUUGGGCGUCUACAGGUCUAUGUGUUUUUUUUUUUUUUUAACUUGUGUGUGUGCACAAAUGUAAUUAUGCCGUUUUGUUAAUCAUUGUCUACUCCAUGUAACUGUGCUUUUUGCAAGGUGCACCUCUUUUCGUGCAUCUCUCUAAUGAGCUUUAUUUUUUUUCCCACUUUGCUGUGAGCGUGGAGUAUGACCGCAAGUUUGCAUGCUGUUACGUGAUUUGCCGCAGUUUUAUUGUUAUUGCUUUCGUGCAUCCAAGCAUUCUGUAUCGCUUUUGUGCUACCUUUUUUGUUUGUUUGUUUCUCGUGGUACCAUGCACAUAUUUUUGAACAUGUAUUUGUGAACACAUUUUUCUCUCCCACCUCUCUUGUGUGGCCAUAUCGAUAUAUAUAUAUGUAUAAUGUAUGUAAUAAUGCCUGUGGAUGUGUGCAUAUUUUGCUCCUGCGUGGAAAUACCUUUGUGUGAGCAUUUUGGCCGUGCAGUUUUCUUUUUUUUUUGCCCUCUUCACAAGCCAAAUCGCAUUUUUUCGCUUCUGUGUUAUACAUAUGUCUGUAUAAAUAUGUACAACGCAUAAUGUGCCCUUUGCCUCUACUCUGUGUGCGGGCAACGUUUGUAAAGUUGAAAGUUGCAGGCACUACCUGCUUCUUUAAAAAGUUCUGCGCCCCUCCCCCCACCCAAUCUGGUGCCUGUUGUACUUGGUGGAAGCAAGACUUAGUCGGGCUCAAUGUGUUGUAAUUACAUUGUACAGUGUAUUUGCCCUAAUUAUACUUUUUUUUUUUUCAUAUGGUGGUGGGGGAAAUCAAAAUUAGCCACUUUUCUCGAAGACUGCUUUUUUUUUUAUUCCCCUUCUAUCUUUGCUUCGUCAUGGCUCUUGUAAAAUGUGGGGAGAUGAAAAAAAAAAGAUAUAGUUUUAACUGUAGACAACACGCACUCACUAUUUCCACUUAUAGACUAUUUGUGUACGUAAGCCACAUUCAAACACUGUGUACCAUAUAUAUAUACAUAUAUAUAUAUAUAAAUAUAUACAUACAUUUCAAGCAGCAGCAACAACCACCACCGCGGCAGACGGAUGUGUCCCCAGUAUUUCUUUUUCUAUACCAUUCUUUUAGCAAAUUGUACAAAUGUAAAUUGUAUAAUUUUUAUCACCAACACUUUUGCAGUGCAAAAUGCAGUAGGACCCGCCGACAGUGAUCGUCGCGUCCCCAUAGGGACUUCAGAGAGAAACCGCAGUCGCAUAGGUAGCGUUGCAGUUAUUCGAGAGGGUGUUCUCAUAGUGGUGCAUGUACAGGGUGUUGUUUGUUGGGUCUAGAGUCUAAAAGUGGCACAGGACUGAUCAAUCAAUGUUAUUGGGGCCGGGAUGGUCUAAGAUAUGAAGUCAACUACUGUGUCGAAGCAGCAGGUUAUUGGAUUUUGUGUUGAUGUUAACUGGUGCGCUGUUGUGGGCGCCAUGUGGAACAGAUUAGUGAUUAGUACCCACUGCAGGUGGUGGGGACUUUUUUUUUUUUUUUUUCAAGUAAACGAAAGCCAACUGUGUGCAUCUGAUUGCAGUCUUGCCUGAAGAUGAGGGCUUAGUUUUGAGUGGAAAGAGGGAAAAAAAGUGAUAAGGUUGGUGCUUUGCGGACACAAUUGAAUUGGCAUAAUUGACUUUUAUGAUCGCGCUACUAAUUGGCUUCCUAAGCGGGACUGCGCGAGCAUUGAAUGUUGUCUUGGUAAAGUAGCCAGUCAUAAAUGGCCUUUUCAGCUUGAGCGCUGGAUUAGUUGUGCUGAAAUUUCGCACGAGGUUAGAAUUUAUUGGUGCAUCUUUUAUUUGCAGCGUUUGAAUAUGCUACCUAAGAAGCUAUAUCUGGAGCAUAUCAGAAAAAAUGCAGGUGCCAAAAAAAAAAAAGAAUCUUUGAACUUUCUCAGCAGGAGGGACAGUAACAUUGUCUUAAGAGGCUCAUUUUGUUUGCUCCACAUUUCAUCUCCUCUGCAAAAGUUUUUGUGUAAACAGUGGGAGCUUCUAUAUAUGAAUUCGUAAUACUAGCGAACACACACUACAGACUACACAGAAUGACACAAGACAACCACAAGUGGUUGUCCUGUGUAGUCUGUGGGGUGUGUUCGCUAGUAUUGUGAAUUCAUCAAGUCAGUACCAACUAGCCCAGCUAAAUGCAUUAGACUUUUCCACUGCACAUAAAAGAAAAACUAUAGUAACAAGCCUGCAAUGUCCUGAGAGCUAUUGAGACCUGGCUACCUCGCAGAUACAGCGUUCUGUCUCGACAUCACUAGACUUGCUGGCAUUUCUUUUCUUCGAGCUCACUUUUAUUGUGGUCUUAAAAUGUUACAUCUCUCAAUUUUGUCUUACCCUUUAGCAUAUUGCAUUACCAUAGAAAAAAAAAUUACUCUGCCUUUUGCCUGUCACCCUGUACAUGCUAUCACUUGUGGCCCAUCUUGUACCAUGCGCAGCCAACCUGUCGUUUUACUACGAUAUUGUGCAUACCGCUUCGUGACAACUGCCCCCUUUCGAGGCUGAUUUAAGAUUUGUUUUCUUUUUUUUUUCUCCUUCCUUUCGUGUUCACUUGAGGGGGGAAAGCAUUCUCUUGGAUUGGCGGGCUGUCCUUCACGGUUUCUCUUGUGGCCUGUAAAGCUUGCACACAACGCGACCCAGGGAAAGAUGAGAUGUCGACGAGCUUAACCUGUUGUAUUAUAAGAAAAAAAAACUAUUUAUGAAUGAUGAGGUAACUCUUUGUAAAUGUAUGUACAGAGUUUGCUUGUGCGCUCGUCGUCACAGGCAUCUCAAGGAACCCUUGGUUUUUCUCAUGGCCUGGCGUGCCUCUGUUUUUAGGUUGUCAAUUCUUUCUUUCUUUCCUCCUCUUUUUUUCUUUCUUUUUCUUGCUUCCCAUUUGCCUCUCUCUUCUAUGUGUUAAUUAAAGCCCUGGGAGCAAACUGUAGAUAGAUAGGCAUUUAAGAACUUGAGUACAGAAUGUUUCUGUUAGUGUAUAUAAAGCAUAAAAAGUUAAUCAAGCGAGGCAUACAAUUCUUGGGGCAAUAAAAAAAUAAAAACGUUAUUCUAUUUAAGUAAUAAUUCUUUUGACUUUGGGUUAGAUGUGCCAGGAGGCCCAAAGUUGAGCCGAUGUAUACCAGCGCUUGACGCACUUUUUGAGGGCUGCUCUGUUCAGAAGAUGCUCACUUCAAUUGAUACGGAGGGUUCACUUUGGCAUUGCCGCUUCAUCGUUGUUGUGGUCACGCCUGGACGACAUUUACAGCUGGAAUGAUGGGACGGUGCUGGGACUUCAGAGGAGAAAACGGUGCAUGUCACUGGCUAGUAAUCUGUCAUUUUUAUGUAGUUGCUAGCUGGUGCUCUGUUUUCAUGGCUGGUGUUUCGGUCCCGUCACAACACUGAAUUCGUGAAUGCACUCCAGCAAUGUUGGUUCCUCCCGAGCAGUGCUUCUGCCAUAAUGUAGAGCGGUAACACUAUGCCAAAGCCAUUCCCUGCUGCGUAACUUGUGUCUGCCCAUCUUGACUUGCCACGUUGAACCACGAAGAACAAGAUUCCCACGGAUUUUGUCUGCCAGCCUUGUUUUGCUAGCGACUUUGGGUCGAGGGUGUGUCAUCUUCAGCGUUGCAUUGCUAUUGAUAAUGUCGCGCGAUAUGGGUCUGCACCGACACCGAAAAUCCACUGGAAACUUGUUUCCUGUGGUCAGGGCUUUUAAAACCUGGAAAAUGUGUAGCCUGUGAGCAGCAGCAUGCCUGAACAGAGUGGUUUGUGCCAGGUGUGUUUAUUACUGGUAUGCUAAGCCUUCAUAGGCACUAUUCUUGCCCGGCAUUUGUGUUUUCAAUCGGUUUCCAACUGGGGGCCCACUCGCCCCUCCCCAUUUUUGUUGGUGUACAGUUUUGGUGUAUUGUACAACGCCUUGGCCAAUGCCUCUCUUUCUUUGUAAAGUGGUUCUCUGUAAUAAACGCAUGACGGGAAUAAAUUUCGAAUGUGUAAGAUAGAAUGUCGACGGCAGCGUUGAAUGAAGUCGCGAUUUUGAUACAUGAUUUUCUUCAAAUUGGGUCGUGGAUAUAUCCAUUGUAAAUGGUCAUUAAAUCACCUGUCCAUAGGAAAAGGUUUACCAUUCACAGGCCCAGACAUGUCAGUUUGUUGGUCUCAUGCACUGUGAGAAUGAAAGCUUUUUUUUUUGUUUUGUUUUGUUUUUUUAAACUAAGAACGUUUAGGUUUUUUGUUGUAUUUUUUUCCUGAAGGAGGUUUUUCACUGGGAGCCAUAGAAUGCCUACCUCAAAUGGGUGACUAGCUUUGGUCUAAAUUCAACCCGUUGUCGUCUCGACUGACGUUGUGCAUGUCCCGAUGAUGUGGCCAUGUUCUUGCUUUUAAGCUUAAAACUGUCAUUGAGGAGUUUGUUGGCAAACUUGUUACUUGCAAGCUGCCUUGCAUCAGAGUAACUGUAGGAGAGGUAGAGAAGAAUAUGAGAGUCUGACCUUUUGCUGAAGCCUGGGCUGAAGUAGCUCGCAUGGCCACGUCAUCAAUGCACACCUAGUCCAAGCAAAGUGGCAUAUGACAGAUGACAAGUUCCUCUGGCUUCUGCUAGGUUUCGUGACAGCAGUGAUCCGUUUGUGGGUGGCAAACUUCUGUUCUCAGUUCCCCCCGCCCACUUUCGUGUUUCUUUUCACAUGCGUGAUUUAACUUUGGACGCCUCUGUUCUUGAACAAAGUGCUUUACUUCCCUUUUUAUUUUUACCACAUUUCCACUUCCUUUAUUUUCACCGUAUGUUUGACUUCAGCUCCCAGUGUAUCCUGAUCAUUAAUUAGGUGCACUAUGUCCAGGGGAGAGUGAAAAAAAAAAUGGUAGGCCUCUGAUUGUUUUUGAACAAAUCUUUACGAACCAUGUGUAUCCCUUGCGUAGCAGCCCACACCCCAGUAUGCUGCAGCACACACUUUUCGAUGGUGUUACAGCCAAGGUUGGAGCUCGUUUGCUGUGUUGCUGGAGAUAUUGCACUGUUGUGCAUUGAGUUUUUCUGAGUGUCAAUGGAGGCGAGAGGGGAUGUUCUGCAAGUUCCUUUGUGAAAACAUCGCCUCAUUCCUUUUCUCUAUUUUCUUUUCCCCCCUGUGCACUGUGAUGACAACAAAAAGCAGCUGCACUUCUGCGAGCUCAUUGUGAUUGUGAAACAAAAAGUGUCCUAAUUUUUCAUGUUUUCUUUGUGGAAGAAGUGGGAACACUUCUCGAGAGUCAGCUAAAAGUGUUCGAAAAUUGACUGUCAAAUAUGACCAUGGUGUUUUGUUUUUUUUUUUCGCCACUGUUAUUUAGCAGAUAUCCAUAGGAAUCGUUUUAUAAUGGCAAAAAUUUGUAUUCUGGUAGGUUGUAGUUAGCUGUGCUGUGUCUGGGACACAAGUCGUCAAGCUGCGUUUCCAUGUAAACGAAGCUGCAAUUGGACGGCACCUUGUUCAUAUUUUUGGUGGCCAUUGUCAAUGGCCUGCGCACUGGUGCCACUCGCUUGCUUAGCACACUUACAUGGUUUACACAGCUUGGUGAGGGAUAAUGAGUGUUCUGAUUGGCUGAUUCCACGAAGAAGUGUGUGUUAAUUGCUUGCUGCUGAACGAGGGGUUGGCGUGCUGCACCAAGGGAGACACUGUGCCUUGUCAUUUUUGCUGCUGGGACAGUCACAACAAAACCGCGCUGGAACAGCGGUGGCCGUAGUGGUCCGGUGGUUCUUUCACAUUGCAGUCUUCUUUCUCUUGUCAUCUGGGGCUUGUGUUGUAUAAUCCAUUUCGCGUCUGAUGUUAGCAUAUUGUGUACGUCGUUGUACCAUACUGAUCUUGUAAACGUUUGUGUUUGGAUACUGUAGAAAAAAAAUAAAUGACUUUGGAGUAAAAAUA